AAACCACCUUUCAUAACCAUAUAAGUGCUAGCUUUCCCACAUAAAGUCUGGAUAUAACCAUCUGAGGAGAGACUUCAAAGGAGCUCUCUGAGGAUGAGUUUAAGAAAUCAACUUGUAGGUGAGCACAGUUUGUGCUUCCAAGCCCCAACUUUCAUUGAGUGGCUCAAGCCCUCACCCUCUGCUUCAUCACUGACAUCAUCAUCAUCCUCUUCCUCCUCUUCUUCUUCAUAUUCUUCCUUAACCACCCCAAAAGAGUUUGUUCAGGAGACUUUACAAUGCUUGCCUCUUCUAGGCGGGUUUACUGAGACCAAACCCUUGAAACAGCAAGAUAUUAGACUCCAAAAGGAGGGUUACACAAUCAAAGAAGAGGAGGUUGAGAAAGUUACUGUUGCCUUGCACAUUGGUUUGCCUGACACGGGUGAUUCUGAUGCUGAGAAGAUGAUUUUUGACUCUAAGGAACAAGAACCCGUGAAGAAAAGCUUCCAUGGUUGUUCUUUUAACACACAGAGUAGGUUUUGGAUACCGACACCUGCUCAAAUUCUUGUGGGGCCGAUGCAGUUUGCUUGUUCCAUAUGCAGCAAGACCUUCAAUAGGUACAAUAACAUGCAGAUGCAUAUGUGGGGGCAUGGAUCCGAAUAUAGAAAAGGACCAGAUUCACUUAAAGGAACUCAACCAGCUGCCAUGCUAAGGCUACCAUGCUAUUGCUGUGCUCAAGGCUGCAAGAACAACAUCAACCAUCCGCGAGCGAAGCCACUGAAAGACUUCAGAACACUGCAAACUCACUACAAAAGGAAGCAUGGAGCAAAGCCAUUUAUGUGUAGAAAAUGCGGGAAAACAUUUGCAGUGAAAGGAGAUUGGAGGACACAUGAAAAGAAUUGUGGGAAGUUGUGGUAUUGCACCUGUGGUUCUGACUUUAAGCAUAAGAGAUCACUUAAAGAUCACAUCAGGUCCUUUGGAAAAGGCCAUUCCCCACACCCUUCUCUUGAUGGUUUUGAAGAUGAAAAGGAAUGCAUCACAGGUUCUGAGGAUGAAUUCGCUCGCUAAUUAACUAGCUCUUGAUCCAUGGUUUACAAGUUUAAUCUCUUCCCAUUUCAGCUUUGUUUGAUAUAGACGUAAAAUCUAAGUAUGCAUGCUUAUCUAAGCUUGUGCUCAGUAACAAAAAAUUCUCAACAAUUUGCGCGGAGGCACCACUGGGAGCGGUUUGUUUCGGAGCACUUGCUGGGCGAUAAGCAGAAUUAAUAUGUAUCUUUCAAUAUUUAGACGGUUUGCAUAGUUAACUAUGUUAAUAAGCUGAUUGCCACAAGUGAUGAAGUAGAUGAAUUUUCUUCUCUUAUCAACAAAAACUAGGCAUUAGAAAUUAAUGUUUAAGCUUUUGUUCUAAGGAGAAAAUUUGUCCGCUUCAUUCCUAACUGGUAAUCUUUUAUAAGAUGAUUGCUUGUUAUCUUUUACAGCUUA